AUGUUUGAGUGGCACUUCACCAUCCGUGGCCCUGCGGACAGUCCAUACGAGGGUGGCGUCUACCAUGGACGUAUUCUUCUGCCCGCAGAAUAUCCUCUCAAGCCGCCCAGCAUCAUCCUUCUGACACCAAAUGGGCGCUUUGAAACGCACAAGAAGAUUUGUUUGUCCAUGUCAGACUACCAUCCGGAAACUUGGCAGCCAAGCUGGUCCAUUCGGACGGUGCUGCUAGCCCUCAUCAGCUUUAUGCCUACCAAGGGCCAAGGAGCUGUUGGGGCACUGGACUGUGCGCCACAGGAAUGCCAACGUUUGGCUAAAAAGUGCGUCUUUGACUAA